CCCAAAACCUCACGACUCUGUUUCUCUUCGUCUCCAUUCCUCACUAUCGUCUCUGCUUUCUCUCUUGAAACCCUAAUCCGAACUCAUUAAUGGAAUUACUAUCAUCCCCGUCUCUCAGUUCAUACUGCUCCUUCACCUGCAAACAAUCCACUUCUACCUCCAAAGAAUGUUCUUCCUCUUUCAUCAGAAUUUCAAACAGAAAAUCAUCUUUUCGGCUUAGUCUUAAGUUGACUUCGCAAAGGUUGCAACCAUCUAACUUUACAGUUGAAGCUGUUGUCGGUGAUGCAAAUCAUGCAACUGCUGUACCAAACGAUUCUACCAUGAAAUCUACAUCUGAAAUUGGUGAAGAGAAUGUCAAUGAUUCUGGUGACCCUAAAAUGAUUCGAAUUUGUGACAAAUUGAUUGAAGUUUUCAUGGUUGACAAACCUAACCCUGUUGAUUGGAGAAGGUUGUUAGCUUUUAGCAAGGAAUGGGAAACCAUCCGACCUCAUUUCUUUGAAAGAUGUCAAGAUCGAGCAGAUAAAGAAGAUGACCCUGGAAUGAAGCACAAGCUAUUUCGACUUGGAAGAAAGUUGAAAGAGGUUGAUGAAGAUGUGCAAAGACAUAAUGAACUUCUACAAGUUGUUAAAAAUUCGCCUUCUGAAAUUGGUAAUAUUGUUGCUAAGAGACGAAAAGAUUUCACAAAAGAAUUCUUUAUGCAUCUUCAUGCAGUUGCAGAAUCUUAUCAUGAUAAUGAGGGAGAACAAAAUGUGAUUGCAAAAGUUGGGAACACAUGUUUGGCUGCUGUAGAAGCUUAUGAUACUGCAACAGAAAGCAUUGAAGCAAUUAAUGCUGCAGAAUUAAAAUUUCAAGAUAUUAUAAAUUCUCCUUCUGUUGAUGCUGCUUGUAGGAAGAUUGAUAAUUUAGCUGAAAAAAAUCAAUUGGAUUCAGCUUUGGUUUUAAUGAUUACAAAAGCUUGGUCAGCUGCAAAGGAGACAAACAUGAUGAAAGAUGAGGUAAAAGACAUAUUGUAUCAUUUGUACAUGACAGCAAGAGGUAAUCUUCAAAGACUUAUGCCAAAAGAGGUCCGAAUUGUUAAAUAUCUUCUUACUAUUGAAGAUCCCGAAAGGUUGUUAUGUGCGCUAAAUGACGCUUUUACCCCUGGUGAUGAGCUUGAAGGACAGGAUUUCGAUAACUUAUAUACGACACCUGAAAAACUACAUACUUGGAUUAAGGCUGUGGUGAAUGCUUACCAUUUUAGUAGAGAAGGGACACUUGUAAAGGAAGCUCGGGAUCUUAUGAACCCUAAAAUCAUUCAAAAAAUGGAAGAAAUUGAAAAGUUGAUACGAGAUAAAUUCAUGGGGGCGGUGUUCUUGUUCGAUUUUUGGGGGUUUCAGAAUUCAAGGACGAUGACUAGGAAAUCCUCUACUUGCGCUUUCUGCGAGAACUCGAAUCUUGCUUCUAUUUGUACGGUUUGUGUCAAUUACAGGGUGAAUUCAUAUGGCACAAAUUUGACAUCAUUAAAGAGUCGUCGAGAUUCUUUAUACUCAAAAUUGAGUGAAGUUCUUGUUGCAAAGAGUAAGGCAGAUGAUCAAAUUAGCUGGAGAAUCCUUCAACAUGAGAAACUUGCCACAUUGAGAGAGAAACUCCAUUUUCGUAAAGAACAACUUUCAAAAGAUAAAGCCAAAGUUGAAAAGACAACUUCUGACUUAAAAGUCAGAUAUGAAUUGCUUGAAUCAGCCAUGGAUGUGUUGGAAAAGAACAGAAAAGAGCAACUGGAAAAAUAUUAUCCUAAUCUUAUAUGCACUCAAAGCCUUGGUCAUAUGGCAAUUACAUCAGAACGCCUUCAUAAACAAUCUGUUGUUAUCAAACAAAUAUGCAAAUUGUUUCCACAACGCAAGGUAAAUAUAGAUGGAGAGAGAAAAGAUGGAUUGAGUGGACAAUAUGAUCAAAUUUGCAAUGCAAAAUUACCAAGGGGACUUGAUCCACAUUCUGUCCCUUCAGAUGAGCUUGCUGCUUCUUUAGGAUAUAUGGUGCAGCUUCUUAAUCUGAUUGUUCACAAUGUUGGUGCUCCUGCACUUCAUAACUCAGGUUUUGCGGGUUCAUGCUCCCGUAUAUGGCAACGCGAUUCUUAUUGGGAUGCACGUCCUUCCUCUAGAAGCAAUGAGUAUCCACUUUUCAUCCCUAGACAAAACUUUUGCACAACGGGUGUAGAAACAUCAUGGUCAGACAAAAGUUCAAGUAAUUUUGGUGUUGCUUCAAUGGAAUCAGAAAAGAAGGCUCGUUUGGAAUCUUCUAGUAGCUUCAGUUACACCUCAGCAUCUCCUCAUUCCCUUGAAACACACAUGGAUUUGCAAAAAGGAAUUUCACUUUUGAAAAAAAGUGUCGCCUGUGUAACUGCUUAUUGUUACAACUCUUUAUGCCUUGAAGUUCCUCCUGAUGCUUCUACUUUUGAAGCUUUUGCUAAAUUGUUAGCCAUGCUUUCUUCCUCUAAAGAAGUUAGAACUGCUGUUUCCUUGAAAAUGGCUUGUUCAAGAUCAUCUAAACAAGUUCAGCAGUUAAAUUAUUCUGUAUGGAAUGUGAAUUCAGCUAUCUCAUCAACUACUUUACUUGAAAGCACACAUACUUCAUCUUCUAUGAGAAGUACACAUGAUAAAAGUCUUUCGAGCUCUGCUUCUAGUUAUCUUUAUGCUAAUGAUAUGAUUACUGGGGCCCACAACCAGAAUGGAGGGAAAAAAGAAACACUUACAGAAGGGUGGGAUCUGGUGGAGCAUCCUACUUUGCCUCCUCCUCCAUCCCACACUGAAGAUGUUGAACAUUGGACUCGAGCCAUGUUUAUUGAUGCAACAAAGAAGUAAGUUGAUAUUUCUUUUUGAGAAGGGUAUAAUGGUCAUUUACUCACGUUCAGAUACUUCGUUGGGGUCAAGGUCAACUAAGUAAAGUGGUUGUUGGAAAGAUUGGGGAAAAUUUAUAUUAUAAAAAAAAAAGAAAAAAUUGUGAAUGUAAAAUUCAUGCAUGUAAAUAGGAAAUGAUUCGAUAUUUGUACAUAUGGAGGCUUUUAUUCUAGUUGGAAGUAGUCUAUUUUACUAACAAUGUU